GCCGAGCCGGGGAGGAGGAUGGCGGGCCGGGGCUGGGCGCUGCUCUCACCCGCCGCGCUGCUUGUCGUGGCGCAGCUCGUCUGGGCGCCGGACCCGUAUGGAGAAGAGUGCAGGAGUAAAACAUACCCUCCUUCAGGACCAACGUUCAAAGGGAAUGUACCCACAUAUGUCAUAAAUCUUGAUUUACCUCCCAGCAAAAGAUGGGAUAACUUGAUGCACGACAAAAAGACAGAGCUGAAGGCUGUGGUCCAGAAUAUUAAAGAUAUAGCAAAUACCUUCUUCCCCAGUGGCAAAGUUGUUGACAUAGUGGAUAACAAAAUAGCUCACCUGACUGCCACGCUUCCUUAUCCUUUCAACGAAGAACUCCAAGGGAUUGCAAAUUCAUCUGGGAUUCCUUUGGGGGAAAUUGUUAUUUUUAACAUCUUUUAUGAAAUUUUUACUGUAUGUACAUCAAUAGUGGCGGAAGAUAAAACAGGGAAGCUGUACCAUGCCAGAAACUUGGAUUUUGGACUCUUUCUUGGGUGGGAUGUUAAAAAUAAUUCCUGGACUUUAACUCGGGAACUGAAGCCUAUAGUGGUAAACUUGGACUUCCAGAGAAACAACAAAACGGUAUUCAAGUCUACAAAUUUUGCAGGAUACAUAGGCAUGGUGUCUGGAGUCAAACCAGACUUGUUCACUCUGACAAUGAAUGAGCGUUUUAGUCUUGAUGGUGGUUACGUUGGAAUCUUCGAAUGGUUUCUUGGUAGAAGAGAUGGUAUGUGGAUGGGCUUUCUUACAAGAACAGUAUUAGAGAAUGCUACAAGUUACCAGGAUGCAAAAGACAAACUGGCAAAAACAAGACUGCUGGCUCCAGCUUACUUUAUACUGGGUGGAAAAAAUUCUGGAGAAGGGUGUGUGAUAACUCGUUCCAGGACAGCUACUCUGGAUAUCUGGGACCUUGAUAUCAAGAAAGGCACAUGGUACGUAUUAGAAACAAACUAUGAUCGCUGGAAGCCUCCGCUAAUCUUGGAUAAUCGUAGGACACCUGCAAUGAAAUGCCUGAACCAGACAAUGCAAGAGAACAUCUCCUUACCAGCAAUUUAUGAUGUUCUCUCCACAAAGCCUGUGCUCAAUAAGCUGACUGUGUGCACAACGCUGAUGGAGGUGUAUAAUGGUCAUACAGAGACUUACCUGCGGGAAUGCCCAGAUCCCUGUAGUCCUUGGUAGUCCUGUACCUUUCCUAGGUUGGAAGCUGCUUGUCUGAAUUGGAGGUCCUCCAAGAAAAAAUACUUCUGGAAAAAGAUUCCUCAGCCUAACUCCUUUCUUCAGAAAUCUAAUGGCUAUAUAGAAAUGUCAGUGAGCUUCUAAAAAUGGAGGACCCUAUCUCACAUUGGACUUUCUUGCUUUCUGAUCAGCAGUUCUGCUGACAAGAAAUGUAUACUAAUGUAUGUCUGGUUUGAUUUCAGCCAUUUCUACCAAAUGAGUUCAGCAGUUAGCUCUAGAUCUCUUCAGUCUUGACAGUAUUCUUGGUUUGGUUUGUUGUUGGUUUGUGGGUUUGUUACUUUUUGUUGUUUGGUUGGGGUUUUUUUAGAUUAAAAUACUUCCAAAGCACACGUGAGUUAAAAUGGCACCUACCAAGCAUGAAAAAUAAUUGGGUAUUAGAAGGCCAUCUGGGACAGUACAGUUCUGUUAUUCUUUCCUAAUUACUUAAGAUGAAUUGCUAGUGUUCUGGUCCAAUAUGAGGAUAUGUCUAAGAUGCCCUGUUUUAAAAUAACCUACCACGUAUCAUAUCUAGUCACAGAAACAAGGUCUUAGGGAAAUACCAAAAAAGAGAUCUGAGCCAAAAAAUGGCUUUUCACCGAUUUAUAGAUCUUUUGCUGAAGCUCUUUCUUGGCGUGUUAACAAUUUUUUUUUUUAAAUACAGAUUUUUCUGUUGUCUCAAAAAAAUAAAUACUAAUACAAUAAAUAUUCUUAAGAACUACUUCCUUUGACCAAAGUACACAUGCACUGAUUUCAUACCUCAGUGGAAGUUACCAUGCGUGUUACAUAUCACUCAGCAGAAAGGGCGUUCACUUCCAAAUAGGCUGAUUUUAACAGUGUCUGAAAAACUGAUUUGUUUCUUAAACUGACAGUUAAAGCUAUUACCAUAAUGUAAAGUAGACAGCUACUAACGGUUGGGUUGUUUGGGGGGAUUUUGGUUGGUUGGUUGGUUUUUGGAAAUUGGGGGAGGGAAGCCAAGUCAGACUACACCAGUGGCCAGAAUUCAAAUUAAAUUAAGAAAGUAAAGGUCUCUUGGAAGUAGAGAGAAGCACAGGCACCCUAAUGUCCUAGGAAGCAGAUAAUGUAGAAGGCAGUUUAUCUGUUUUACUGACUGCAUUGCUGGGACUAGUUUCCAGUGCCAGCUCUUGUGUUUUAUAAGACACAAAGAGAAGACACUGGAGAGUACGCUUAGGUGGUUCACUUGUAAUCUUUUCUUAACCACCCUAGGAAACAGGUGCUAUUCAUAUUAGUUGCCACUGGUGUAAGGGAAGUGUUUGCUGUGUCUUUGGUGUCUGCAGAGAUGGUAAUGCAUAAGGCAUGCUAACUGAAACCUGCAAAUUUGUGAUACCCAGUUGCAAUGGGAUUCUUGAUAGCCAGGACAUGCAGAACAGUAUUAGCGUAGUGCAGAAGUUCAGAACAGAGGAUACAGUUUUCUGUUCCAAACAGUAAAGGUUACUGUAAGAUUUUUUUUUUUUUUUAAUAAUUGCAAAUUUAAGACUAAGACGUCUACAGAAGGGGAAAGAAGUUAUUGCCCAUAAAUCUGAGAUCCAAAGUCAACUUUCAUCCACGUAUGACUGGCUAAGUUUUAUUUAGUAUUGCUUCCUUUUCCAAAAGGAAUAUUAAAAGGUAACCUUUACUCAUCCCUUGUUCCAGUAACUAGGUUACCAGCUUAAAGCAAACUGUUAACAGCUCUCCCUCCAUCAACACUGCAAGAAGCAGGGACAAAAGGACUGCUAUUUGCCAAAUAACUUCAGCAGCUGAUAAAGAAACAUGGCUUCUGGUUGAAGAAAAUUAUAUUCUAGGCCUUAGAACAAUGCCUGUAGUAGCACAGCAAGAAGCAAUUCAAAGGGGUGUAAAGCACUGAUGUAUAGAGAGCACACAGAAAUCAGCAUCCCAUGAUUUAAACUGACGUUAAAAGAAAGGGCUAGUCUAGUUGUACAUCUAAUGUUUUGGGUUUUUUUAAUUUAAUUAUGCAAGUGGAAGCAUGUUAGCAUGACUGUACUAUCAUAGCCCAUUUUUAAUCUCAGUCAUGAGUAUUGAACCUACAUAAACCAAAAUCAACAUAGUGGCAUGAUUUAGAUUAGGGAAAAAUAGAUGUACAGUGUGAAAUGCAGCUUCUGGGACAUUUGAUUUAUAUAAAAUGGCUAAACCAAGUCAAAUGUUCCAGUCUGUACCAUGAAGGGCACGUCAUAUACUGCUGAGUUUGCACCUUAAUCUGGUAGGGGGUUGUUCAGAUUUAUUUGGAAUUAGUUGCAUAACGUCCAUAAUCAAAUUACUUUAAAAAUAAGUAGUAAGUUUACUUGCUUAAUUAGUCCUGUCCCACUUAAGCAUUUGUGGAGCAAGGCAGUGGGCUAUUUACAGUCAUUAACUAAUGAGCUUUUGGUAUGUCCCUUGUGCAAGACAAUUGACAUUUCCACACUGGAAAUUGCUUUACAAUUGCAAAAGCACAGCGAAAUCCCAUGGAUGUCUGUCCAAAGCCUGAAUGCCUAUGCCUGCUAUAGACUGAAAUAAACAAAGCUA